ACUGGAUGUUAUGGUGGGAAUUUUGAAUGUAGCGUAGCUCUUGUUGGUGUCAAUAUCAUGUUGGAUUUUGAACAACAGGAAUUGAAAGUUCAUGUGAAUUAAAAUAAAUUAGAGUAUUUCACUAUCAUGGAUGUUAAAAGCUUGCCGAAACGUCUCGCAGAAUACUUUGUUAUCUGCGGUUUGCCGAAAGAUCCCAAGACUUAUGAUGUUUCAAAGAUUAUCACCCACACCGAGGAAAUUAUUGCUCCUGAGGUGUCAAUUGACUUCACCAGAUUUCCGGAACCGAUUAUCGAUAUUAAGAUCGUUAGUUUAAAAGAGAAAGAGGAAGUUCCUGAAGGAUAUACACGCAUUAAAUACAGUGUCUCUGGAAAACACAAGGCUAAUAUUAUGCUUAACUUUGGCGAAGAGGCUUGCAUCUGUUAUCGAAGAGGGCGUGACCUACCAUACAUUAAGGAUAUCGAUACUUUAGGAGACAAACAGUGCCCAAAGAAAAAUACAGUAGUUUUAUCAAAGACUAUUGGUGGUCGUGAUGCUAAUAUGCUUAGUACGCUAACAAAUCGUUUAUUUCUAUCAUAUCUACGUGGUAAUCCAGAGAAUAGUAUUGAUUCCCUGGCUGUAACGGAUCUAUGCAUUAUAAUUCCAGGGAAACAAGAAACUUGUCCACCUGCCUAUCGACAAGUUACAGAACCGAUAUGUAUAAGUUCAUUUAGACUAAAAGCUUAUAUAUGUUAUCGAAAAUCACUUGUAAAACAAUGCAUUAUCUCUUAUGAACCUGAAGUAUUAUAUUGGUAUCGUGUACCAAACACUAUGGAUUAUGAUUUUACUGAUUUGGAUAAAAGAUAUGAAGAAGAAACUUCAAAGUGUUCUCUGCCCUCAUUGAGUAAGCCCGACCAGUGCUGUGACCAGGUGAAUAAUGAGGCACCGGAUAAUAAUAAUAAUAACAGCUCAGCUGCUACAGAUUCACCACCAGUGGCUCCACUGGAUCCAGAUAUCUUUCAAGUAGCAAAUUUUUGCCUUCCUUGGGGUGCGUCAAUUGAAUCAUGGUCGGUGAAUCAAGAUCCACCGGAAGUGAAUUCUUUCACUUUUAUGCUAACAAAUGAGUCUUAUCAACAGCUCUAUGGUGUUGCAUUGACAUUUUAUGAACCUUAUGAUCUUAAACAAUUAGAUUUACUCAAAGGUUAUUGUUUAGGCUUGGAUCCUGAACUUGUCAGUGCUAUUAUUUCAUCGAACACAACUACUACGGAUCCAAUGCCUACUACUACUGGUGGUGUUGCUACCAAUUUAAUAAUAAAUCAUGAUUGCACUGUUAAUGAAGUCGAUGAAGAGGAGAAGGCGAUUGCUGAACGUCAACGUCAUUUUUUAGCAUCACGUGUUGGUGAUCGUGUGAUUGGUGUAACAAAAACUAUUUGUUUAUUGUCGCGUUGGUCGUUCACUUUACCAUUUUCUAAUUUUCUCGGAUUUCUGUAUAGUCGAUGUUUAUUGUCGAAUGAAUUGAAUGCUAUACCGUUUGAACGAUAUUUAGGUCAUUUCCUGUUCGAAAUACCUUUCCCGAAUCGUGCAAUUCCAAGUGUAUCAGUGGAUCUUUGUGCCGCGCCUAUUCUUCUUCAACGUCCAGACGAUACGAAUGCGUCUUCUUCAAGUUGUGAAUCCUUCUUCCGUCUAUUGGAUAAUUUAAAUGUCGAUGUAAUUAUUCAGUUAUUUGUUCAGCUACUAACUGAACAGAAAAUUCUUAUGUCAUCUGUACGACAUUCAGUGUUGAGUGAUAUCGGUGAAGCGUUGACAUGUAUGAUAUUCCCAUUAAAAUGGACAGUUGUAUAUAUUCCCUACAUAUAUAUGGGUUGUAUUCAUGUCAUCCAAUCACCCUCACCAUAUUUAAUUGGAAUGAAUUCAAGAUUUUUUGAUUUCUUUCGUCUACCUCCAAAUGGUGGUAUUGCCUAUCUUGAUUUGGAUACAAAUAAUUUUAAGCCACCUACAUCAUUUGGUCAAGUGACACUAGAUUCAAAAGUAUUACCAAAGAAACCCUUGAAACAGCUGAAAGUCAAGUUAAUAGAAUUAAAAGAGAGAAUAAUUAAUAUGCGUAACACAUCAACACGUCAAUUAUCCAAUAAACAUGCCAAUGUACAAAGAACUAUGAUGUUGGAUUGUAUGUUUUCUACAUCGAAUUCAGAAUUAGCUCAAGAGGAAUUAGUGAAAAUUCGUAAACGUUGGCUGGAAGAACUAAAUGAAAUGACAAAAAUUGGUGCACAAAUCAAAGAUGCCUUUUUUCAAUUUAUGGUUCAUCUGUUGAAAGAUUAUCGUGCAUGCCUUAUACCAGUACGAAAUGUUAAUAAUGAUGUUCUAUUCAAUGUUGAACGUUUUCUUAGAGAAUAUGCUGAUAAGCCAACUAUACCAUUUUAUCGUGCCUUAUUUGAAACUCAACAAUGGACUAAUUUUGUCCGUGAUAGAAUUUAUGCAUCAUCACGUGAUGAAGAAUUAGAAUACUUUGAUAAUCAUAUUGAAUUACUUCGAGAAAGUGAAUCGAAGUCAUCAUCACGUCUUCAUCACGCCCACCAACGUCAUCAUCACCAUCAUCAACACAAACAGCAACAGCAUCGUUCGCAUAACGGUGUCACUUUAUCAUCUAUGACUAAUUUAUUCUCAAUUGGUAAUCGAUCGUCAUCACCAUCAGUAGCAUCAUCAUCUCAUGAACAUUUAGCCAAUACAACAAAAACUACACCAACUGUUGUUAAUAUCAAUCAUCAUCAACAUCAUCAAGGUUAUGAUGCAGCCAGUGAUAAUCUUAGUAAUCAUUCAGAUGCUAUGUCAACAUCAAGUACUACUUCUUUAAAAGGUGGAGGCAGGUCAGAUGAAUCGAAUCAUUCACAGAUAUCAUCAAGUGAUUUAAUGAUGUUACCUAACAAUAAUCAAUGUACAGCUGUUAUCGGUCCACCGAAUUGGCCAAUUCCAGAAUUUGUGGAAAAAUAUCAAGGAAGUCAACUACUCUGGACAAGUCAAUACACUUUGGGUGUUAUUCCAACAAAGAUUAAUUCUUAUCUGUUAGAUUUACUUGCAGCACGCGUGUUAUACUUUAGUGCUGUUGCCACGUCGUCUUCAAUCAAUAGUCCUAUAUCGAGAAUAUACCAACUGCAUGAUGACUAUAAAAGACAAGCCAGUAUUAUGACAUCAAUAGCGUCAGGCAUAACAACAGAAACAGCAACAAAAGUAUUGAACGAUAAUAUUAGUCAAGGAAGUAUUGUUCUUCAUCAUAACCAUAUUGUUAAUUCUCUCCCAACUACUACUACUACUGCUACUACUAACAUGGCUAUAAGUAGUCAUACGGAUAUAGUUCAGUCAUCCCAUCUGUUGAAUACUACCAACCUGUUUGGGGAUGUUGUUGGUUUUGGUGGUGGGAGCAUUAAUUCCACCGAUUGUCUUGACUUUCAGAGACCACCAAUGAAUAUGACAAGGGUGGCAUUACUUCAGAUGAAUAAUAAUAAUAAUAACUAUUAUUACAGUAAUAAUAAUAACAGUAAUAAUAGUAGUAUUACUCACCAAUUGGGUUCUUUAAUGCUUGUUGACACACCUUCUCCACUACUUCUUCGUACAAAUCGUCCAGAUAGAAAUCAAAGUUUAAUUGGAUUAACUACAGAGUAUACGCUACCAGGGAAUAACGAGACAAUACUCAAGCGUUCAUCCCAUGAAUUACGCUAUGCAGCUAAUACCUGUAUGGAUAUCUCACAAGCUGAUGAUUUUUCAAUGCCAAAGUAUUUAGCUGCAACUGCCUAUUCUAUUUGGUUCAUGCUGUUGCCAGCCUAUUUAUCAGCUGUCUAUGCCUAUUAUAAUACCACGAGUGCUACAGAUGAUGCCGAUCAUGCCAAUCCUACUACUGGUUGUUCUUCUUCUGAAAAUGUUGUCCAUCCCAGUGAUGAUGCGCAUCAAUCGUCAGCAUCGACUUCGUCUGAAGUACAUGCAAUGGAUACAAUUAAACGGAUUAUAUCUCAGUCAAUCGGUGUAUGGAAUAGAAUGUGUCUGUAUGGAUUAGAAGGAUCUGAUCAAGUUGCUUUACGCAUUCUGUUAGUUUUACUAUAUCAGAAUCGUAUAGAAAAUUUGGAUCUGAGACAUUUUAUUGAUUCAGUGAAUUGGAAUCUCUCAUCGAAUGGUAUUGCAAAUCAUAUCUAUAAAGAGUAUGAGAGAGAGAUGAUGGAAAAGGAGAGAAUAGAACGAGACCGUCUAAAGUUGUCUGCAUUCAGACAACAACACCGACAACAACAACAGCAAAAACAACAAGGACAACAUGAUGAACAUCAACCCAUGAAUAUGAAUUUAACACAUCGUCGUUCUGCGUCUGCUGUAGAUUCAAUUCCUCAAAGUGUCUUGAUGAAUUCACCUUCAAAUAUUAUCAACAAUGAAAAGAAUUUAACUGGUAUCAAAGCACCACAACUACUCACUUCAUCGGAUGAUCUUCCUGAUUUAGGCUAUUCAACACUGAACACUACAACAGCAACAACAAUCGCUGAGGUGGACAAAGCAAGCGAUGAUCAUGAUUGGACAGAGGAAAAGGCUGUUUGUAAUGAAGACAAUUCAAUGCCGUGUAUUCUAUCUAAUGAUGUUGUUGAUCAUACUCAUCCAACGGUAGCGAAGUGUAAUCAGCCUUCAUCUACUACUCAUAUUGAUGGGGAUCUACACCUACCACCAACACCACCGCCAACAGUAGCAGCAGCAUCAGCUGUUACGUCGUCACCUGUGAAACAAGAAAUAAAUGACCCUACUUCAAAUCAUCAUCACCAUCACCAUCCCCAUCAGAAUUUCAAUGAAUUGAAUCCUAAUUCAAAGGUGAAUCCUUUUAAUGAGAAUUUGAAGUCAACUUCUACGCAUAUCAAGACAGGUAAUGCGAAGAAUAUUUCAUCAAAUACUGAAGGCAUUACUGCUACUAUCAACGACAAUGUCCAUACUGUCGACGUUAGUACAAAUAGUAGUAGUGAGACAACGACUAAUGAUGAUUCAUAUUCUUCUACGACUAAUGAAGAAGAUAGUCAAGAAUCUGAUGAUGAAAAACAACAACAACAUUCAGAAGAAGAGGAGGAGAUGGAGGAGUCAGCGGCAGUGCCAGGGAACUGUACUACUGAUAUAUUGCUAUCAUCUCCAUCAUCAUCAUCGGCUGUACCACAGAUUAAACGUCCUGUCUUUCAACCGUCUAAUCGUAAUACAACCUCUCAUAAUCCACGUUUAUACUACUCACAUCAUAGUAGUAUCGAUAUGAUUAGUAAAAAACCGUUAAUAGGAGAUAUAGAUAGCAAUAAUAAUAGCAAUAGUAAACAUAUGUUAUUAUUACAGACAUCACCAAGAAAAUCAAUUGAUUCCAUGAAUAUUACUGCACAACAGAUGAUGGUUAUGGAUGGUCAUUAUUUAGGGAAUAAUAUUAAUCAUGGUAGUCAAAUAUUGACAACAGCAAAUAUCUCUAUGCAUAAGAACAAUACGCCUCAUGAUAAUGAUGAGGAUGAAGUAGAAUCACAGGAUGGUGUUAAUAAUCCACGACAGGCUAAAAGUUCAGUUGUUCAUAAUGCACUGGAUUUUUUUAAUAAGUCGACGUCAGAUUUUAUGAAUCUUAUCAAUGCAAAUCGUUCAUUAUUAGGUUGGCGGUCAUUAAUACCAAGUUUAUCAACUAAUCCAACACCACAAUCAGGUAGACGUGCUACAACUACUGGUGCUUGUGCUUCUGCUUCUGUUGCAACAAGUUGUUUUACAGGAUCUGAUUUAUCCGAGAUUCGUUCAUCACCCCAGGAAGUUUAUCAUGUACAACAAUAUCAAGUACAAAGUGGGUAUAUUUCUCCAUUACUAUGGACAGGCAAAUCAGGGAGUAACCCUAAUAGUAAUAAUAAUCCAACAUUUAGUCCAGUUAUUGGUACAACAAGUGGUAGUAGUGGGGGUGGUGGUGGUAUUCCACUACUACGUGAUACUAAUCGACUAUUCAAUUCUUAUUACACUAGAAAUCCAAUGAAUGAAGAUCAUGGGGAUUGUAAUACCAGGAAUAAUAAUGACUAUUACUCUCAGUCUAAUCAGUUAGCAUCAUCAGUGAAUGAUGUUCUCCAGGAUAAUGCUCAAAUGAAUUAUGAUCAUGGACAUAAUCUUCGAGUUAAUCCUUAUAAUGAUUUAAAGUCAUUAAAAGAUAUGUGGAUCAAUAUUGCUGGUCCAUUGCUUGUUGGUGAUCCUAAUCGUCGUAUGUCACCAGCUAAUUUACGUACAAUCAUCUUACAACAUCAUCAUCAGUAUUACCAACAGCAGCAGCAACAACAACAACAACGACAGUAUGCAAGUGAUAACAAUAUAACGUCGUCAUCAGUAGUAUCGAAUCCAGUGGGUGAAAAUACUUCAUUUCUCACUCCGAGUACUACUACUUCUACUACUGCCACUACUGGUGGAGGUGAUGGUGAUGGUGGUAGGAGUAAUACUGCUGACACUUGUACUGAUAAUAUUUCAACUACUCCGCACAAUAAAUGUCGUGAUGAUGAUAAUGAUGAAAGUGGUGAUGCUCAACAGGUUACUUCAAAAAGUUCAACCAAUUCACCAACUUUAAUGAGUAUCAAUGAAUCGGUACAAUCUUCUGUUGACAAUACAUCCAAACCGACUGAAAGUUGUCCUGGUGAUGUAGUGAAAUCAGAUGACAAAUCAUCAUCAAUAAUUCCCUCUGAUAAUGCUUCAGUAUCCUCAGUUCCUACAACUUCAACAAAUAAUCCAAGUCAUCAAGUGGUAUCAUCAGCAUUACCUACACCCACUCCUGUUAUGUCAUCAUGUGCCAAUGUCAUUUCGCCACCACCACCAACAACAACAACCACAAGCGGAGUGACAACCUCAAGUAAUAAUAGUAAUAAUAAUAAUAAUAAUGUAAUGCCUAUUGUCAAUGAACGUAUUUCACAGCUGAAUGUAUUUAUAACCACUUGUUCAUCAUGUCCAAAAUGUAAUCAUUACGUGUACGAUGAAGAGAUAAUGGAUGGGUGGACAACGGAUGAAAAUGAUUCUAGAACACAAUGUCCAUUUUGUAAAAUCAAUUUCACUCCACAAUUAUCUAUUCGUAUAUUCGGUGAUACGUCUGAGUAUAAUCAACAAUCGAUACGAUAUCAACAACAGCAACAAAGGUUUCUCCAGCAGCAACAACAACAGUUAUCUCGUGCACAACAGAAUCUAUCGUCAACAAUGUCGAGUAAUAAUUUGUAUACAGCAGGUAUGGAUACUGAUUUGUCACCUGAUGGUGGUGGUGGUGGGAGUGGUGGAUCGCCUCCUUUGUUGAAUUCCCCAACUUCACCAACAGCGACAUCAUGGAAUAAUAAUACCACUGUGCGCCUAAUGGAGCUGACGUAUUCCUAUUUAAGUCCAUUUGUCUUAAGAAGAACACUGGAGACAAUUAUUCAACGAGAAGGUGAUGAAUGCUUACGCUGUCCAUCACCAUUGUCGUCAUCAUCAUCACCGGCAUCUGUUCAAUCCUCCUUACUAAGUCGUCAUCCACAAUUAACAUGGAAUUUGGUAUGGUUAAUACAUCGAUUAGGCCUGCCAACACAUUUAUUAGACAGUCUACCAGUAUGGUUAAUAAACUGCCAAUCAGAACAACGUAUGAAGUUGAAAAGCCUUUAUCAAGCUAAUGUAUUACAUCAUCAACAACCUCAACAGCAACAACACCACCACCAACAACAACAACAGCAUAUGUGUAAUAAACAAAUGAAAGGUAUCAAUUCAACUAUAUUCACUGAUUCAUUUUAUCAAGUGAAUUUAUCACCGAAUUUACCUGUAUAUAUCUCAUUACGCUGGAAUACAACAUAUCCUGUACGUAGUGUCAUGAGAAAUCCACUUUAUAAAUAUUGGUCUAACUGGAAACAACCAACAGAUCAAAAUACUCCAUGGUCAUUAGUACCAAUAAGUCCACAAGAAACAUCUAUGCAGUAUAAUUUAAAUAAUAAAAUGAAUUCUAAUCUUUCAAUUUCAUCUGCCUGUUGUCCAAUUCAUUCACUUAUUGAAAAGAUAAUUGAUGCUAUCCGUAAAAAUGAUAUGCGAUUUGCUAUAGCAUAUCUUUUACAAACACGUGCACAUCUUCAAUAUGAUUCACCUUUACCUUUGACUGUUAAACAACGACAUACACCAUCGUCUCCUCCGCCUCCUCCUCUUUCAUCAUCAUUAUCAUCAUCUUCACCAUCAACAGCUGUAUCAUCUCCGGCAUCAACAUCACUGAGACAACAGUUGUUGAAUAGUGAUGGCAGUGGAUUGAAAUCUAGCAUGACGAAUGAAAAUAUCCAGGCACUACCUGUCCAACAGCAGCAACAACAACAACAACAAUCUAUGCAGCCGGUGGUUAAUAAAUCGAGGUGUAGAAGUCAACGUCUUUUAUGCGGUGAUAUUAAAAGUUGUGCAUCAUGCUUAGAAGAAUCAUUAUAUCGAGAAUUAUUAUUCCUUGCUAUACAAGCACUGUCUCGAGCGUCACUUGAUCUAGUAUCCUUUGAUGAGAAAUAUGAUCAAGUGUUCCGUAAAAAUGUCAAUUCUAGUCCAUUUCUCACGGAAUUCGAUAAACCACCAAGUCGUAAUGCUUCUGCCUAUCGUCAAAUGCUACGUCCGUUAACACUCAGACCAUAAUAAUAUGACAUAAUAUAUAUAAUGUUGCAUUCACGAUAUCGGUCCGCCUUUUUCCCCAACAUAAUCAAUCAAUAUCUUCUUUCUACACAAAUAUUAUUACUCUACUUGUAUACGACUUCGAAGCAGAGAAGGAGGAGUGAUAUAUUUUCUUCUUGCUUAUUUAUAUAUGCAUAUACUACUUAAUUACUAUUUAUUUAUACCAAUCAGAUUCUACUCAAUCCCUUCUUUAUUUUGGCUGUGACGAUGAAAAGAGGAACAAUUUUUACGAAAAAACUGACACCUACUCACAUAUAUAUUACCCAAUGCUUGCUAAAUACAGGUUCCGACAUUACGUCAUCAAAGUAUGUGUGUGUAUGUAUGUAUGUAUAUUUGGUUGGUUUGUAUUAUUAUUUAUAUAUAUAGACCCUUUCUCCCGUCAUCUAAAUGAUGCCUCGACAUCAUCAUCAUCACCAUUCAAGGCACAUUUCUCGUGUUCUGUCCAUUCAUUCGGGCAAACUAUAUUUAUUACUAUUAUUAUUAUUACCGUUGGGUUUAAUUCGUCACUUCUUUUGCUGCCAUCUCCCUCCAUCUUAUUUUGUCGUCAUAGUUACUGUCAACUAUCUCGUUACGUUAAUCUGGGACCUUAAUUGCCUAUUUAUUGGCUUGUUAUUAUUUAAUAUGUAAACAUAUAAUCUCUUCUAUUUUGUGUGUGUGUGUGUGUGUGCGUGCGUGUCGCAACACAAUAUUUUGAUUAAGUAACCAGUCAAUCAAUCGACCGAUCAAUCAAUAAUAAGGUGUUGUUGUUUGUUGUAAACAAGGCAUUCCAUUUGAUGAUAAUUCCUUCCAUAUAUAUAUAUAUAUAUAUAUAUAUAUAUAUAUAUAUAUAUAUUCACCUGAUUAUUCUUGUAAUCACACUUGUUGUUGUCAUUUGUCAAUGUCUACUACAACAACUCUAUGACUACCACUCAUCUUCAUUGCUGCAUAUUAUAAACACGUAUAUUUGUGUUUGUGCUAAUGGGAUCGGUGAAUCCUUGAAGAAUAACAAUAAUAAUAAUAUCAAUAUUAUAAAAGAAUGAAUACAAUAUAUAUAUAUAUAUAUAUAUA